AUUAGUAGUAGAUGAUAAACCGUGUUUGAAUCAUUAAAUUCAUAUUUUUCAUGUGCGAUUCGCUUUCGUUGCGGUAAUUUGAUGAUGUGCUUUGUGUUUUUUUUGUUGAAAAAUUAAAGAAAAAAAUACACAUCGUAAUCGUUUCCAUUAAGCGCACGGGAAAAUUAAACAAAGCAUUCUAAACACUCCCAACCAAACCGUUAGUAGAGUGUUGUUCUUGUACCGAAAAAGACACAUUCGUUGCACGGUUGGCAGCGGCCCUUUAUUUAUUUUUUCACGUUUAAUAGCCACGGGCUAGCAAAACGAAGUGAAAUCGAUAAUAGUUUAGUGACACGUGCAAUUUUUGUCAUUGUGAUUUUGCAACAAUGUUGAAGACAUUCACAGCACUAACGCCGUUCAUUAAAUUCCGAACGAAAAAAAUUACAAUCGAUAAUUUUGCGUUCAAAUUUCAUUAUCGGGCCACAUAUCUAUUGUUACUCGUGUGUGUUUUGCUCGUUACGUCCAGGCAAUAUAUUGGUGACCAUAUAAAGUGUAUUACAGACGGUUCGAUACCGGCAGAUGUGAUAAAUUCGUUCUGUUUCUUUACGCCAACAUUUACUGUGGUGCGUCACUACAACGAAAGUUUGCUGGCGGGCGGUUGGUUACCUCAUCCAGGCGUUGGAGAUAUAGCUCCCGGUGAUAAAGUCAAACAUCAUGCAUACUAUCAAUGGGUUCCAUUCGUACUCUUCGGACAAGCACUUUUCUUCUUCCUGCCUCACUUUAUCUGGAAAAUGUUGGAGGGUGGGCGAAUCGCAGCGCUGGUCGAAGGUCUACAGAUGAUUGCACUCAGCAAACACAAUCAGAAAAAAUGUGAAAUGCGCUUUAGCGGAAACUAUGUGCUGCCAAGCAAUGAUAUGAUCAAAGGAAGAAUCCAUCAAAUCAAAGACGACUUCUACAAGCACAUAAAAAUCAACAAAAAAUUUGCAAGAUCGUUGAUACUGUGCGAAGUAUUGAAUCUUGUCAAUUUGCUGGUGCAAAUUUAUGUAACGAAUGUCUUUCUGGCCGGCCAAUUUUAUUCGCUCGGUUUUAAAUUCAUUGAAGAUGACUUCACCGGACCAAUGGAUAGCCUCGAUACCGUUUUCCCGAAAGUAACCAAGUGUGAUUUCUAUAAGUACGGACAUUCUGGAUCGAUUCAACGACACGAUGCACUCUGCGUAAUGGCAUUGAACAUCAUUCACGAGAAAAUCUAUGUGAUCCUUUGGUUUUGGUACUGGGUCAUGCUUGGUGUUACGCUUACGAGCAUCGUAUGGAGAUUCAUGACGCUCAUCUUGUUUUCGAGCUCCAUGUGGUUCAAUCGCGCUUGUUUCGGAUCAACUUGCCCAGGCCGCUUGAACACGAAGCAUCUGUCAACAGUUGUACGCCACAUUUCUUUUUCCGACUGGAUUUUCCUGUAUUAUUUAGCCAAAAAUAUGGAACCAUACGUAUUUUGUGAUUUAUUGACCGAUUUGGCGGCAGAAUUCCGACGACCGUACAUUGAAGAACAGGAAGCACUUCAGGGUGACGAACGUGAAACAUUGAGAAUGGAUGAUCUUGGCGAAAAAAGUACCAACGAAAAAGAAAGCAUAGACGAAGUAGACUUAAGACGUAAACCGAGAAAUGACGGAAAAUCCAUGUAAAACCAAAAACAUAUAAAAAAGUAGCAAAGCAUUUCAAUGCUUUGCAUUCAAUCAAUUCAAA